AUGAAAAUAGCAAACAUUAGUAAUUCUAGGAUAGAAGACUUCAAAAGAUACGAAAUAAUCCUUGCUAAAGGAAAUAAAUAUGGUAUAAAGCAGUCUGAUGGUUCUUGGGAUGGACUAAUUGGUUCCCUGCUCAGUGGUGAAGCAGAUGUCUGCGUUGCAUCACUUACGAUUAAUCAGGUAGCAGCCGUUUUGGAUGUUGCUGGUCUGCCACCAAGGACGCAAAGGUUGCGGGUCGUUGUGGUAACCAAGGCUCUACGUUUUUAA